AUGGACAAGAUAGCAAAUGGGUCGCCAUCGCCUGGCGAAGUUCACGGUCAAGACUCUAUGUACAGCGACGGAGGGUACAUCGCACAAACAGAUUUGAACAACCAUUUUGAAGAAGACGCAGGAUUAGACUUGGAAGGCUAUCAGCCUACUUACGCUGAAGCUUUCCCUCCUCUUCCAAGCUCUCACAUUCAAACCUCUACCCAAAACGAUACCGGAUCAAAAUGGCGAACCGCGACUGGCCCAAUUCGGUCUUCCACAGUGACACAGGUAUAAAUAAUCUCGAAAUUUACUGAAACUGGUACGACCUAAAAACUAAAUAAGGGCUCGUUUAGACGCAAAUGCCAUUACUUAAUACUGUGAGCAUCUUUGUUCAUUAUAGUGAGAGAUAAUGGUUUGAUUUGGCGUCUUUGAAGAACUCCCUUCUAAUAUUCUUGAAUUAGCUAUCUUCCUAAAAAUGGAUACAUGGCUUUUCUCUCGUGGAAUUGUUUUUAUUUUCUCAUUUUUUUUCCGAGGAAGUUUUGUUAAGUGAAACUUUUCCCACGAAGACAUGUCGUUGACGUUUUUGCAUUUGGUGGCGAAUUAGGAACCGGUUUUCUCUUGUACACAAUCGAAUUUUUGCGUUUUAAUUGUUAGCGUGGCCACGUUUACAUGUGAGCCUCUUCCGGUCGAACUUCACACUGUUGUCGUGUUAGUGUGUCAUAUUAAGGAAUUGUUUCAGCAAAGUGUCCGCAGAAUAGUCUCACGUUCGACUUGUUUCUCCAUAAUUCAAGGGCGUUACACUCGUUAUCCAAGCAGUUAAGCACUAUUUCUCUUUUGUUAAACGUUGAUUAUUCGAGCAAGUCAAGUUUUCAGCCAUCUUCAGUAUCAAUAAUUCAGACAGUUGUAAAUUUCAUAUUCUUGCUUUUAUUUUCGACUUGGUAAAAUGUUGAUAUUCUUUGAUGAUACAAUUUUUUGGAAAAGGGAAUUUACUCUUGUUUUUUUUUUUUUUACUGAUAGAAGUUGAAGAAUAAAAGUUAAUAGUGUGACUUAUGACAUUUUACGUGGUGGUUCGCACUUUCUGAAUUCAAUAAGGUUUGCAAUUUUUAGUACGUUUUACCAAUAUCCGUUUGUGAGAUAUAUUGCUAUUCUUGAUCAUAUCUUAAACGAUUCUUUUUUAAUGAGUUAUAUCCUUUACAUGUUUUUUUUCCUUGCACGGGUUUAGAGAGCAUUAUCAUAAAAUCGAUUUGCAUUUUCGUUUUGUCGCUAUUUUACAAUACAAACGUCCCUAUUCAAAUUCGUGUCGUGUUACGACAUUGCUUAAAAAGCGCAGCAAUAUUCCAUCAAGCUGUCCCUCAGAAUAAACCCGGUCGUUUUAUAAUGAUAUUGAUAUCACCUCUAAAUGUGAAUUCUCUAAAGCUGAAAAAAAUAGAUGAUGAGUUUAAAAAUUCGGAUUUGGAAUUGUCGCUGGAAAUUAUGACUGUAGUCAUUUGUAACUUAAUAAUGUUUAUAUAUCGUGAAAACAAGAUGAAAACUACUUUGUCAUUCUCAUAACAUUGUCACAAGAUUUUUACUACUAAAAGGAUGUAGUCUGCGGACUUAUUUGUCCUAGCUUAACAACUUGAUAAUAUCUAAGAUGUGAAAAGUUCUGCUCAUACAAUAAUCAAACAGUUACUUGUCUGUUUAGACAUAAAUAUUUUUCUCACUUGUCUGUGAUGGAUUAAUAUGCAUGUUUUUCAUUUGCGGUAAAUACAACCCCACUACUCAGACUUCUGCGAGAAAAACUUGUGGUGAGCAUUAAAUUUACUGGAAACUUACUGAAAGGGAAAGUAAACCAGUUUGAACUAGCAGUGGGUCUGGAUUGAUUCCAACAAUACAGUAAAACCCCGGGAACUCAAACUCUGAAGGGAAACGAAACAGAGUUCGAGUUCGCGGGGAAUUUGAGUUAUCGGGGUAAAUUUCAGUGCAAUUUUGAUUAAGGGAAAGGAAACUUAGUUUGAGUUAGCGGGGAAUAUGAGUUAUUUGAGUUAGAGUUAUCAAGGUUCUACUGUAUUGAUAGAAAAUCAUGGUGAAAGGCUAUGAAAGUGAAUAAAAUGUCCUAAUGGAAAAUGCUGUGAUGUUUAAACAAAUCCUCUGAACUAAUAUUUUUAAGUAAUGUUUGUUGGUCAGUGUAGAAAAUUUGUAUCUGGAUAAUGGGUCACUUGAGUUCAAUUUAGCAGGAAUCUAUCUACUCCACUAUCUUACUGACACUAGAUUGUUCCAAUAUGAAAUCAAAGGAAGAUGUUUUGGUAGCAAAUUACAUCUAUCAAGCCCGUAGCUUGUAAAGAGUCAAACAUCCUUAACCCAAACUGGUGAUGUUAGUUAGUGCACUUUUUCUAAAAUAUGAUGUACUAGUUCUGUAAGUUUUUAAAAAUAUUUCUCUUGAAUUUUGCCUCACUAAGGGCCUACAGCCUUACAUCACCACUGUGGUAGAGAAAAAUUAACCAGUUACAUGUGCACAUGUUAAAGAGAUUUGCUUUUAGAUGCAUGUAGAACCACCUUUGCCCAUAAAGUCUACUUGCUCCAACCUGUAUGCAUAGAUGAUGUAAGAAAUCAUGAGUAUUAUGAGUGAUACAUUAGUAUAAAAUCAUCUUCAAUCCUGAAAGGUCCAGUAUUAGAAUACAAAUUCUCCCAAACUGGCCUCUCUCCAUUUCCUAUGAUACUAAUGGGGAGAAUUUGUGUAGAAAUUUAGACAUUAUUUUUAUUGUCGCUGAUCAUUUAAUGCACGUGUGAACUUUGAUGUUUUUGUCAAGUGACAAGCUGAGAGCUUGGGUGCAUUUGAUUAGGGAUUCUUCCAUUUAGAUCUCCUAACCAAGCUGCAAAGAAUGAUUUUGCAUCUAGAUCUUUUGAUUGAAAGCUUUUUUUGUUUGGCAAAAUCUGUCUUUGGAUUUUGUUUUCAAUAACUAGAUCAAACAAAUCCUGGAUAUCCCAGUCGAGCACACCUGGUGCACAUAAAUUUAUAGGGCUUGAACAAAUCUAAAAUUCUUCCUUGCUUUGAUAUAUUUUGUUUGCCUUGACAUAGUUUGCUUAAGUUUUCUCUUUUGAUAGAAGAUAACUUGUCUGAGAUCUUGUUCAUCCAGAGAUUAAGGGGGAAAAUUUACUUGUUUUCUACUUUAAAUUGUUAAAAUAACUGAGGCUGCAAUUGUGGCAGUUAGACAAGGUUUACAAAAGUAAUUUUAUUUGUUGAACAUUAUAUAGUAUUCUUCUUCAAGUUUUGCCCUUUUUUGCUGACAGGAAAUGGUGUUUUUUUUAUUGGACCCAGUUAUGGCUAUUAAAAAAAUGCAAUUUGUUAUGACUUGUGUUGAGUAAGGCAUACUUAGGGACAGACAAAACUAAUCUUCUCAAGUCAAAGACCUACCAGCAAGUAUAAUACAUGUAUUUUUGAAAGAAAGAGGGUGUUAAUGUGAUGAAAUUGGUGAGAACAAACUCAGCUGAUAAAAUAAACAUUUGAAUUUCCUAGGUAAUUUCCUAUUAAUCUCUGUUUCGUUUUUCUUCUAAAGUACAUGUAACCCAGUGGAACUAGUUCUUUUUUAUAGAAAGCUUUUGUAUUUUCUUUAUUGGAGACAGGAUAGUUACCCAUUUUACCCCUUUUUAUACACAAUUUCUAUCAGGUCUACCACUUUCAUUCUUCCAGCAUGGCUGAAUUUCCUUGGUAGCUGACUUAAAUCUCUGUUUUGUUUCUCUGCUGAAGUACAUGUAACCCAAUAGAAUUAUAGUUUCCUUUUCAUUCAAAGCUUUGUGUUUCGUUAUUAUAGAAAGGAUAGUUACCCAUUUUACCCAUUUUUCCCCUAUUUACAGGCAAAGUUAAUAUUCAGAAACAAAAACAAGAAUAACAAGUCAAACAUGUAAAUUGCAAAAGUACACUAGAAUUUUUAGCAAUGGCCACCACCCCACAAUGGUAACUUAUCUUUGUGUCCAAGGUGGCCUUUUAGAGGUUACAACAUUGAUUUUAUUUACAGACUCCAAAGCUAGAACGGUCUUGUAAUACUGUCAAUCCUCUAUUAAGUCCUGGGGGGGGAGUUCAGCACAUGAAGCUGGAGGUCAUGGGGCCAAAGACCAAAGUAAACCAUAACUGAUCAGUCCACGUUAAUUGUUUGUGAAGAAUAAGGAUGGAGGGAAGGGGGAUGGUGGGGACUUAAUAGAGAGGGGGGCUUAUUAACUUUUCUCCUCUGAAAAGGGGGGGGCUUAAUAAAGGAUUUACGGUACGAGUUUAUCAAGAAGACAAAUUGAAAUGGUUAUUCUUGAGUUUCUCAAGAAAAAAAUAAAAGGAAUGUUGAAGGAAAUUACCCUCUUUUUUGGCAUUCUGUUUUACACAUGUAGAAGUUGCAUUGUAGGUGAUGAUGUAAAAUUCUAAAAUAAUGUAACCAUGAUCGACUUAAUUCUUUUGUUCAGGUUUUUCGUGUGCCUUUAGAAGAACGACGUUACAAGCAACCAAAUGAAAAUGCUUUUGGAGAUGACCGUCAGCGUGAAAUUUGUCGUGACAUCAUGGCAAAGACUGGAGCUGCAAUUGAGAUCAGCUCUGGAAAGGAUCAAGGAUUGACGAUUAUGGUAACUGGAAAACCUGAAUUGUUGGCUAAAGCAAGGCGUAUGGUACUGACCCAGCUUCAAACCCAGGUAAUUUUACAAGACUACAGCCACUUACAUGUAGAAAAAUGCUUGAUAUGCUAUUGUAACUUAAAUCAUUUGAGCCAGGCUCAUGCACCUUUUUUCUGUUUUCAGAGUUUUAAGAAUUCCAAGAUUGUUUUGAAUACUUGCAAUGACAACUUUGAAGUGGGGCUAGAGUGGGGGGGGAUAUCUUGUUUUUAAGAUAAUGUUGUCCUCUGAGGUACACUGAAGUAAGAAAAGUAUGUGUACAUGUAUCUUUAUGACAAAUGGUGCAGCCAUUAUUUUUUGUCUGGUUGUACAUGUAGCUUUGGUUCUUCACUCAUGUGUUUGCGACUGGAGCUAUUAAAGCUUGCAAGUGUGCCAUCAAAUCCAUGAACAAGUCUCUAAUAGGAAUACUUGUAUCUUGGUCGUUAUAAUUGCCCAAUGUAAAAACUCAAUCUUUACAUGAAACCUAAAAACUGUAGGCAUGUAUCUUUCUCAAAACAUGAUUUCAUGAAGAGAGCAGGGUGAUAUGCAAGCUUAUCUAGUCAGCUAAAGACUCCCUUUUAAAGACAGCUAUAAGUGACUAGUUUGUGUAAUCAAGAGAAGAACCAAAUUAUUUACUCAACCUUUACUCAAUACUGAUACCCCUUACAUACGAUCACUUGGCUCUGUUUUUCCACCUUGCAUAUGUUGUAGUUAAUUUUUUAACUCAGAUAAUUUUUUUUCUUUUGUUUCAACUUCAUUAGCAGACAUUACCAUACCCCAAAAACAAAAGAAAAUCAAAAAUUACCUGGGGUAAAAACUUAACUACAACAUAUACUUUAGAGAGGCUGAUUGCGAUAUUUCUGUUUUGUGUUUAGGCCAAUGUUGAAAUUAGCAUUCCUCGCGAACACCACAAAUUUAUCCUUGGUAAAGGAGGCAAGACCCUGCAACAGUUGGAGCUACAAACUGCAACUAAGAUCACCAUGCCAAGAGACGGAUCAGACACCAUAAGGAUUGUUGGAACGAAGGAAGGUGUGGAUAGUGCAAGACAUGAAAUACAAGUCAUCUCUGAUGAACAGGUAUGGUUUUCUUUGGUUUUUAUUUGGCAUCUUACAUUACAUUGUAAUCAUUUCACCCCUGAAAUAAUACAGUAAUAGUAUAAUUAUCUCAAACCUACAUGUAGAUGUGUUCCGAAAUUUUUGUUGAAUUUUCAUAUUAUUGUGACUGAAAUAUGGGGUUAAAACCUCUGACUAAACUACUGAGACAGUUUCAUGACAGUUUUUCUUGCACCAUUUCUAUCCUACCUUUUCCUCUAAAAGAAAAAGUAAGCCCCGUCCUUUUCCCCUAUUCAAUGUUGUUUUGUUUUAUAAAUAACCAUCAUGUGUAAUUCUCCUGCUACCUGAAAUAAUUUUGGGUAAGGUGAUCAGGAAAAAUGGCCAUUCAUCUGGAAAUGGUUUCCAUCUUAGCCAUUUUUAGAGGAAAACAGAGAGAUUUUUGCUUUGUGCCUCAACAGGUUUUGUUCAAGGUUGUAGUAUGGUCAUCAAUAUUAUUAUUAAUCCUGGAAAAUCCUGUAAUGUACAAAAUCACCAGAAAAGUUCUUAAAGCAGAUAUCAUUUUAACACGUUUUUCAAACGACUGCUUACCUGUAUUUUGAAGUCACCAAAAGUACAAACAGGUCAUGAAGAGAGUUAAUUUUGUGUAUUUUAUUUACAGGCAAAACUGGCUUUUGAGCGGCUGAUGAUUGAACAUGUCUAUCACCCCUUUAUUUCUGGUGGAAAUGCAUCGAAGAUCUCGGAACAGACCGGAGCACGCAUCAACAUUCCUCCACCAUCAGCUCAGAAAAAUGAGAUCACCAUCGCAGGUGAGAAGGAAGGCGUGGCAAAGGCAAAGGAAAUGGUUUUGGCAAUUUAUGAAGAAAAGAAGCGCAAGACUACGACAGUGUCAAUCGAGGUGAAGAAAUCGCAGCACAAGUAUGUGAUUGGCCCCCGUGGUGGAACACUGCAAGAGAUUCUUACACUGACUGGUAAGGAAAAUCUAGGUAGAUCUACAUCUGUAACCCUGUGACUGUGAUAGUAUACACUAUAAAGUCUGCACACGUGGAAUCAGUGUCAUGUAGGGUUGUGUAGUGGCCCCCUGGGUCCCUAUGGUACUUUUGCUUGUGGGUGAGUAGAAAAUAUUAGUUUUUUCAUAGAAAUCCUAUGCCGGCACCCUGGAUUUCACCAGUUCAGGGCACUGUGCUCUGAGAAAAAUUGGUGCAAUCCCAGGACUGCUUUUGAUUUGAAUGGUCACGCCGUGUACGUAGGGUUUUGUCCCUGGUCUCAGAAGUUAGAAUUGCAGUGUAUGGUUCAGUUUAGGUGGUCUUAAUGUUUUUUUCAUUGUGUCAUUCUUUAUUCUUUAGGUGUUUCUGUGGAGAUGCCUCCUUUGGACAGUGACCUGGAAACCAUCACCCUGCGAGGUGAACCAGAUAAACUUGGACAAGCUUUGACUCAGGUUUAUGAGAAGGCCAGCAGUGUGGUAUCGGCUGAGGUUGAUGCUCCACGCUGGCUCCACAGGUUCAUCAUUGGCAGAAAAGGACAGAACAUACGGAAAAUAACCCAAGAUUUACCCAAGGUAUUCUUAGUUAAGUUUUUGUUUUCAUCGUUGUCUUUAGACAAACAAAAUUGAAGUGGCAACUUCUUGUCUGGCACUCAUAGCGUUACAAAAUUGUAUGCCUGUUGAGAUCUCGUGGUGAUAGAAUAAUAAGGCAGUUGAACUUCUUUACAAUAGCCACCCUAUGAACAAAGAUGAGUGGCCAUUGAUUAGAGGUGGGGGUUACAGAAAGUUUUAUUCAUUAUUCAAUCAUAACUUUAUUUAUUUCGGAUUGUAGAGUAGCAUAUAGUGCUAGUAUCUCCGAACUACAUAUUAUAGACAGGGUUGUCAUUAAGAUUUCAAGUUGCCAGGUAAAUACAACAAGUAGGAGGGGAAUCAAACGGCUAGGGAUCCCUUUUGGUUCUAUUUUUCUUCUAUUUUCCAAUAAAAGUAGCCGGGGGCCACUCUCUUAGUAGCCGGGGAAAAUCCCCGGCCCCCAGCUCUUAAUGACAACCCUGAUAGAAAAAAAACAACAACAAAACAAAACAAAACAAAAAAUGAAAUGAGAAGCACAACUCUUAAUAAAUGUAGUCUAUGAUAUUGCAUUUAAAAGUAGGAAGCGUUUCCAACAUUCUGAUGUUAUCAGUCAGGUUUUUCCAGGCAUGAGGAACAAAGUAUCUAAAUGAUCGCAAUCCAUAUAAUUAUAGGUGGUAGCCUUAACAUGCGGUAUUUCCAGCUUGUUAUAGCCUCUCAAAUUAUAGUCUGAUACAUGCUGCUCUUGAAUGUGAGUCCUAAGGUAAGGCGGGGUGUACCUUGACUCCAAUGUUUUGGAUAAUGGACAGAAUGAUUUGAAAAUGCGAUAAUAGUGAAGAUAUGUCAACAAAGUCAAACAGAGUGCUUAGAACAGUAAUGUUCCGUAAAAACGACGUCAGCAAGCUACUGCAAGUACAUGUACAUGUACGUCAGUUUGUGCAUCAUUCACUUUUAGAUUACCAUUUUGGAGAAAUUAUUUUGGCAGGGGGGCAGUGUGUUGUAGAUGUGAUGUAAUCUGGAUUAUAAAGUUUGCAAAGCAAUGCGCAAUUCUUGCUCUGGACCCCCUUCAAACUCAAGGAAUUACUGGAAGCGCAUUUUGAAUUUCCCUUUAACCUGAUUGGCCAAUCAAACCGUGGCUUGUAUAAGCAGGUCAAUCAUUAGGCAUACUCAAUUCCUGGUACUCAGCUGGGUAUCUAGAGCAAGGCCGUUGUAAAGAGGUGCCCAUUUGCAGAGGUUUGACUGUAUUAAGUAAUCAGUUCACUUGAUUUCAGGUUCAUGUUGAAUUCAGUGAUGAAAAGGACAGCGUCUCCCUAGAAGGGCCACCACAAGAAGUUGAAAAGGCACAGGAGUCUCUUGAGACAUUCAUUAGAGAACUGGUAAGAAGAUCAAGACACAUAUAGCUUUUAUAUCCAUUUGGUACAAUCGGCGACAAAGGUGUUGGGACAGUAUACUCAAAUAGGGUAACUUGAGGGAACAGAAGCAUCCACACCCCUCCCCUUGUCCCCUCCAUUCAAAGUUGGGGUGUUUUUUGUUUUCUAUAGGUAACUUGAACAGCGGCACUACAUUGAAUGUAGGGGACGGGGGGAGGAAAAGCUAUAUUUCCCCUUUUUGAUGUCAGUAAAACAUAAAAAAAAAUCACGUUGUUGCCAAUAAUAUUGUAGGUGACAAGUUAGUGCAAUGUGUGUUACACUGUAGGAAAAACUUGCUUCAUGUGCCCUGGAGAAUAUUAUAAAAUUUAUAUCUCUGACAGAAUUUUGUCGCUGCGAGGGGGUGCACAAAUUCAAAGUUUACUGACGUUAAAGUUUGUACUUUUUUGUUCGCUGCUAAUGCAUAAUAUGUCCUUGUUUUCCCUUGGUAGAAGGCAUCAAUGGACUAUGCAGAAAUCUCUGUAGAUCAUAAAUAUCACCCUCACAUCAUAGGCAAGAAUGGAGCAAAUGGUAGGUGUGAUAUUUCCUCCUUACCUAAUACCUUGCUUCUUCAUGCUCCCUUAUGCAUAAGGCCUCCACAUGUCUUUGCCAACCUGCUACAGGGGAACCUCAAUGUAACGAACCCUCUACGUUUGGGUCAGAGACUGUUGUGAGUGUUUUGUUUACAAAUACAGGCACACGCUUACUGUAUAAUGAAUGAGAAAUUUUCAAUACUGCACAAAGCAGAGCUUGGGAAAAUCUCAAAGUGGAAGCCAUUUGAACACGGCACAGUUUUUAUGCGUUAAUUGUCGUUAAUACAUUCCGUCGCUUUGAUGUCGCUGGUUAAUGGUAAAUCAUGUGACCAAUGUUAACUAAUGAGGCAUGCAGAUUUUAGACAGUGAAUGAAGAUUGUUUAUUAAAUGUAUAACAACAGAGUCCUCGUUAUAAUGAAUGAUUUUGUUUACCCAAGUAAUGGUGAAAGACAUGGAAAAAAAAAUCCUGGACAUACAAUGUAGUGAAACCUCAUUAUAGCACACAAAUUAAUUUUUCUUGCCAUUCUCUUGGCCCUUUGUUAUAUCAAGCUUCCACUGUAUCUUGAAAAGUUUUUCUUGGUUUACUAAUGAUAUAUUUUUCAAAGGGAUGGUACAUAUUCCAUCAUCCAACCCUCGGCAGUUGUGUAGAAGCUGCUUGUAAGGUCUCUCCUGAUUGGUUACAGAAAAUGAUGACGUGUCAUUCUUUCAAUUGUUUUAGUAUUGUUUGGGGUCAGGGUUAGGCUGCAUUGGUGACUUCUCUUCUGAGCAGCUGCUACAUGACCCACCCUCAGCCCGGAGGGCCAGGCAUUGUAAGUUGUGUGGCCUUUCACCCAAAACCUGCCGAGCAGGGUUGAACCCACCAGGGACCAACGUCCAGACUGUUAUGGCUUCCAGGGUCAUCAGGGCACACAAACCUACCCAUCAUGUUAAGGGACAACACUUAGGAAGGAGGUGUAAAUAUUUCAUCUUACCUUCUUUUGUAAAUGUUGCCUCCUUCCUGAAAUCAAAUUGUCAGAAUUGAUUUAGGAUUUACAGUGGUAUUUACCGUGUUUUAUGUUUAGUUUAGGAGUGUUUUCUUUUUUUGCCAGUGAACCGCAUUAAGACUGAAACUGGAACAUCCAUUUUGAUCCCAUCCAACAAUGAACACAGCAACAUCCUAAGGAUUGAAGGCUCACCAAAGGGUGUGGCUCUCGCCAAGGAAGAGAUUUUGCAGAUGGUCAAGAAACUGGUGAGCAAAACAAGCCCUCAGGUCUUCUUGCUUUUGCAUGUGGCACCUAAUUUGCUAUUAUCCUCCUUUUGAAUUGCCUUUUCUUGUGCCGGUGAAUGAAAGAGAGACUUCUGAUAUCAAUAGUCACUAAGGGUCUUUUCCCACCCACCCCUUAGCUCAGUCUCCAGUGGUUGCUGCAUGACUGCUGCCUGACCCCUCUCCUAAACCAACAUUUUGCCCUGAGUGAGAAGUAAGUGUUAAUGUUGGCCUAGGGAAGGGGUAGGUAGGCAGUUUCCCAGUUAAUGCACAAUGAUCCCAAAAAGUUCCUAUUUAUGUUCAUGAGGAAAUGGGACUAUAGGGGAGAGGGGGGUGGGGGAUGGCUGAUGGGUGAUGAGGAUGGUCAUUUUCCUGUCUUGUCUUUUUUUGUUGUUUCUACUAACAUAUCCUAGGCUCACAUUGAUAAUAACUGGCAAAAAUUUUUUCCUUUUAAGAUUGCCAUUACCCCUCCAAGUUUUCAUCGUGGUUCACAGACAGUUUUAGAAUUGCAAUUGUUCUUAUUGCAUGUCUUGUGCAUAAAUCAAGACAACUAUCAAGAAUGUGGCCAUUUUCUUUGUUACAAAAAGUUGUGUCAUCUUCAUACAUGCCUCAUUUUUACAUUAAGACCCUUUGAUAUCAUAUACGCUCUCUGUUGCAUCAAAACUCUCCAGAUAGCCUGCAAGCAAGCUCUCUGGGGUGCUCUGGUGGUGGGGCGGGAAAAGGAAGAAGAGCUUGCAACUAUAUACGUCGAUCUGGAAUUUGAAUAUCUGCAUGGAAAAAGUCAAUGCGAAAUGCUGAUUGGAAGAGAUGUCAUUAGUAAUGGCAUCAUUACUCUUGGCACGUGUUUUUCAAUGUUUGUUCACGUUCACGCUCGUUUCCGAUUCACACUGAUUAGCAGAAAUCUGAGAGCUCAGUCGACUGGGAGCCACAGGAGAAUUGGACGUGGAUUCAAAUUCCACAGAUGCAGUUGCAAGCUCUCCUUCCUUUCGCCACCGUGCCGCCAGAGUACCCCAGAGAGCUUGGUCAUAGGCUAAUCUCCAGAACACUUUUUUAAUCUUUGAUUACAACUACACUGUGGAAAUAAAUAAUAAUGAUUAUUAGGAAAAUAAGUUUCUCUGAAUGUAGUGGGAGAAUUGGGUUACAAUCUUCCUGAAACUGUACUAUAUCUUCAUGAUCUCAUAACAGGAAAAUGAAAAGACUAAAGACGUGAUUAUUGAGCAGAGAUUCCAUCGUACCAUUAUUGGAGCAAAGGGAGAGAAAAUCCGUGAGAUUCGUGACAAGUAUCCGGCAGUACAGAUCUCUUUUCCUGAUGCUGGUAAGAAGAGUGAUGUGGUGAACCUGCGUGGACCAAGAGAGGGUGUGGACAGUGUUUACACCUUCCUCAAGAAGCUAAAUGCUGAACUGGUAAGGCGUGUUGGCACCUUACAUCCAUUUGAGGAUGUAGGGUCAAGGCUGUGCUCUAAGGAAAAUUGAAGGGAGCCCUGUGCUCUGAAACUGUAAAAUCUGGGGUGCCCAGCACAUGAUUUGUAUGAAAAAAGUAAGAUUUUCUUGUCACCCAAGAGCAAAAGUUGGGCGCCAGGAGCUAGUUUUCUCUGCUUGAGUUCAGCCCUGAGGGUACACUAGUAGAUUAACGUUGUUCUUGGAAGAACUGAAAAUCAAAGACAAAAUUUGAGAUUAACAGCCUUCUUUCUAUUCUACUAAGGAUACUAAGGAUGUAAAAGUUAGAACUGUAGCCUUUCCUUUUCAUAGCAUGUUGUAGUAUUAGUUGAAGUUUUUCCGUCUUAAUUUUAAAACACAAGAUUCUGUAAAUCUGCAUUCUGACAACAAUAAUAAUUGUUUGUUGAAAAUCUGACAGGUAAAUGAGCAGAAUGGAACUGUUUUUUUUCCCCCAAAAUUCCAGACAGAGUGUAGUUGUUAGUAGUCUAACAAUCUUUCAUUCCACAGAUCGCUGCCAAUUUCCGUGUGGAAGUACCAAUCUUCAAGCAGUUUCACAAGAAUGUUAUUGGUAGAGGAGGUACAACCAUCAAAAAGGUAACAAUGUUUUUAUACAUGUUUGAGACAACAGGUUUACAUUACGUAUUAAUUUUAUUGCGAUCCAUGUAGUUGUAAACAAAAAGUCAAUAAUUAUUAUUUUGUUGCUUUGCUUGGUCGAAGGGUGCUUUAGACAAACACCACUGUUACUUUAGCCCUGUCUUUAUCAAAAUUCUCUUGUUUUAACAGAUUCGUGAGGAAACUGACACCAAGAUCGAAUUGCCAUCAGAGGGAAGCGACAGUGAUGUGAUUGUCAUCACUGGGCAUAAGGCGCAGGUUGAAGCAGCUCGAGAUCGCAUUACUGCAAUUCAAAAUGAACUGGUAAGACUGUGGCAGUCUUUCAUUUCUAGGCCCAGAUAUUUGUACGCAUUUACACUGGAACAGUUACACGUCCUAGAAAAGUUACAAAGAAAAUAAUGGCAACUGUGAAGACAUAGACAAAGACAUAGUUUUUCUACCCACAAAAAACUCAAGAGUCAUAACUUGUUAAAACGCUCUCAUGGAGAAGAAUGUUUGGUCAUUAUAUUACAAAAAAAGAAAUAUACUGUAAGUUAAAAGGGAGCACUUGAAAUAUAUACAAAUAAAGGAAAAAUUAUUUGCGUUUAAAAAAUUACACUGACACAUUGAGAGAUGUAACUAAAUUAUACGAAGUACAACAAUAAUUAAAAAUUAUUUUCAUAUUUACAAUUCACAAUGGGCAGAAAGGGCAUGUAGAACAAAGAAAAUGAGCUGAUAAAAACAGCUCAAAACAAUUUUUAUGGAUAAAAAAUUGCGUGAAACUAAUAAUUUAGGUGUAAAAAUGGUGAAAGGUAAGCGACAAGUAAAGAGGAAACUUGAUCACGUGGUAAGAAUUCACGUUUGCCGUUCGACGUAAACGUGAUGUUUAACCUCUCUUUAGACUCCACUGGGUCUGUUACAGAAGGGUGCUGUGAAGUACGUAACUUAACGCGUUCAAAAUAGGAUCUAAAAUCUGGUGCUUUUCAAAUCUGAUGUCAAUGGCGUAUUUGUUGCAGGCAAAUGUUACCCAAGUUGAUGUAAACAUCCCCCACAAACAUCACAACGCCUUAAUUGGUGCCAAGGGCAGGCUCAUCCGUUCCAUCAUGGAUGAGUGUGGUGGCGUCAGUAUCAAGUUUCCACCCGAAGGCACUAACAGCGACAAAGUUCUGAUUCGUGGACCAAAGGAUGAUGUGGAGAAAGCCAAGAAGCAGCUGCUGCAGCUUCUGACUGAAAAGGUAAUUUAUUCUAAGACUUGCCACGCCAGUGGCAACAACAACAACAAAAUUUUAACACCGUUGCAAUUGCUUAGUGCUUAAAAGAAGUCUUAUAGGCACUUACAUUUAACGGUUUUAGCCCUCUAAAGAACCUCAUGCAAAGAACCAAAAGUUUUGAAGCAUUUAAAUGCAAGGAGUUGAGUGUCAGUGGUGCAUGGUAUGCCAGCUUGCGCAUUAUUUUCUUGUAGCUCACUACAUGUUUCUCGUGAUUCAGUGAAGUGUGGUGUUCUUCGUGCAGCGUUUUUCCUACCACGAGUUUUCUUGCAGCCAGUUUUUUGCUCCACCACUGAUAUUUUCCUAUUGUGGAGGCUUACGACAGGGUUGCACCAGCCGUGUGGGUUUUAUUCCCUGGUUUGCCAAAAGGGAGAAAUGAAAAAAAAAAAUUAAAAGCAAAGCAGAGGCAAAGAAAUAAAGUAAAUGAAGAUUUAUGAUAAGAGGAUGACUCUAUGAUAUUGGGGUGACUGUGAUAAUUACGUAAUGUUUUUAUUUAAUGCCACAGGAAACCAACAGUUUCACAGCUGAGAUUCGUGCAAAACCCCAGCAUCAUCGUUUCUUGAUUGGCCGCGGAGGAGCGAACAUCAGAAAGGUGCGCGAGAACACUGGGGCGAGGAUUGUGUUCCCCACCCAAAGUGACGAAGACAAGGAACUUAUUACAAUCAUAGGAAAGAAGGAAGGAGUCGAAGCGGCCAAGCAAGAGCUCAUGAAAUCCAUUAAAGACCUGGUAUGGAAAGGCAUCUAUUAAAGUUUUGAAAUCAGAAAGCUUAAAUACUUUGCUGGUCAUUUAGUGCUCCUAGUCCACCCUGCUAGCCGAAGUUUCUUUUCGGCGUGGUUUUUCACGUCGACAAAGUCGUUCGCGCCGCAUAAGACUUAACUUUCUGAAUGAACUUAUCAUGAAAGAUGAAGUUAGACUUGUAGGACAAAGCUAAUGUUGUUUACUAAAGAUAUAUCUUAGGUGGCGACCGCGGAGAUCACUGAUUUUCGAAAAUCCGUUUUUUACCCAGAACAUUCUGUGUAAUGUUCUGACAAGAAAGUUGGCGAAAAACGCGUUUCUAAUAACACACAAUACGUGUUAAAGAAAGCGGCGUGGUCUAAUGUCUGUAAAAACUGGCUUCAUCUCUUUCUCAUUUCACUAUUGUUUGCUUUACUUAGGACAAUAUUGUUGAAGGUGAGGUACAUGUUGAUCCCAAACACCACAAGUAUUUUGUCGCCAAACGCGGUGAAAAGCUGCGAGACAUCGCUGAAGAAUUUGGCGGAGUCGUGGUCAGCUUCCCUAGGAAUGGAGUAAACUCUGAUCGCGUUGUAUUAAAAGGAGCCAAAGAAUGCAUUGAAGGUGCAAAGAAACGGAUCUUGGAUGUCGUGGCCGAGCUUGACUCCAUGAUCACCAUUGACUGCGUCAUCCCACAGAAGUAUCACCGCAACAUCAUGGGAGCCAAAGGAGUCAACGUGCAGAAAGUGACAUCACAGUACAAUGUACAGAUCAAGUUCCCUGACCGAGAAACGGGCAAGGGCCAGGGAAUGGUGAACGGAAAUUCGUCACCUGUAGAGGUGAAUGGCGGUGAACCGGGCUCUCCACCAGCAAGUCCUCGCAAGUGUGAUACUAUCACCAUUGUUGGUUCUAAGGAUAACGCUGAAGCGGCCAAGCAAGCCUUGUUGGUAGGUCCACUCAGGUUUAGCCCUCUAAACCCUAAGAUCAAAAUUUAAACUCUCAUUUGUUGCCCCUAUCUAUUUCCUAUGGAAGAAUUGGGGAGAAGUUAAUUAGGUCUGAAGCUAAUUCCCCUUGUGUGAUCGCGUCCUAAAUCCUCGUGACCACCCUGUUUUACAAAGCAUUGACAGGCGAAGAGUCGCGCUUGGGGAGCGAGUUUUCCCUUUAAUCCCUGGCGUGUUAGCCUUUGCCGCUCGCAAUAAAUUUACUGCGUGGUUUGCUGGCCCACAGUACAAGCGAGAGUUUAUUUCCUUUCCCUGGGCUUGCCUUGAAGCAUAGUGCUCGCUGCUUACACAUAACGUUGUUUUUCUCUAGGAACUGGUACCCAUCACCGAGGCUAUUACUAUACCGUUUGAUUAUCAUCGCUUCAUCAUCGGUGCCAAGGGAGCUAAUGUGCGCCACAUGAUGGAUGAGUAUGACGUCAGUAUUACUAUACCCCCCUCUAGGGAUGAGUCUGAUCAGGUCACCAUCGUGGGAACACGCCCCAAGGUCAACAGGGCUAUUGAGGCCCUUCAGGAGAAAGUGGCUGAGAUUGAGGCAGAAAAUGAGGACCGGGUAGGUUACUUAACGUCUUGAAUUUCAUUCACAGAUUAAAUGUGAGAAUCACCUUGUGCAGCUCAACAAACAGUACCAUUAGAAAGCAUUUUCUCGGUAGCUUCAUCCACAAACUUUAAACAUUUUCCGUAAGAUCGUUAAGAUCGAGCCGUCACCCCGAGAUGGCCAUCUUCAAGCUAGACUCAGGCAAGAUGGCCGCCUGUAGCGCUCGUUCUCGACGAUCUUACGGAGAAAUAUGGGACUGCGAACUGUCUAUUCAUUAAGAAGCACCUCACACUGCUGAGGUUGAAAACUUGUUUUCUCCACUACUACACUCUCGCUUAAAUCCGUAGUAGAAGGAAAACGGCCAUCGCGUUUUCCCGCCAAAAAAAUGAGCUUAAGCAACAACGACGGCGACUUCUACGAAAACGUCACUUAAAAAGUGAUGUCGCGUUGCUUCAAACUUUGUCGCGCUUAUUCCACCUCGUUCAAUUCGUUAAAUGUUGGCAUUUUUAUCUUGAGUUGAAUUCUAAAAUGCUGUAUGGAAGGUCAGGAAAGUAAAAAGAAAAUUGUUGUCUAUUGUUCACGUCCUCAAGAUGUGAAAUUAGACAUUUUCACGUCGUAGCCGUGCAGUAACGGCAAAGAAAUGUCCAAAAAAGCGUGAUGCACGUGCAAAGUUGUUGUUUUGCCAAUCUAAACCAAUUGCUUUUUUGCCGUUCUCGUUAACGUCGCCGUCGCGUUGCUCAAGCUCCCUUAUGACGCUGGUUCAGGCGCGCGCACUACUUGGUAAUUGAAAAAAUCUCGUCCUCAUUGUCGACCUCGUCUAAGAAUCUAAAGGUCUUUAGUACGUAGUCUGAGUCAAUUUUGUCUGUUUUUUAGCAACUGCGUAGUUUCAAGUUGGAAGUGACCGUGGCUAGCUCUUAUCACCCCAAGAUAAUUGGUCGAAAAGGGCAAGUCAUCCAGAAAAUCCGCGCGGAUCAUGCGGUUCAGAUCCAGUUUCCUCCUGUUGACACGACCGAAUCCGACGCUGAUAAGAUAGUGCUGACUGGGUACGAACACAACUGUGAGGCUGCCAAGGAAGCCAUCUUGAAGAUUGUUAAGGAUCUGGUGCGUAUCAGUGCAGUUUUAAUUAUUAUUCUUUCUUUCAUGCCACUAAAACUUGAGUUACUUGCCAUUAACACAAAAUCAUGUGCAUUGAAAGAAAACUAUUCAAUUUGACGUUGUAGGAGAGCGACCUGUUACAUGUAUGUAAAGUAUUUUUUAAUUAGCUGAACAGACCAAAAAGAGUAGAAAAAUAUUAUCACUUAAAAUCAAAGCCCAUAAUUAUUUUCUGAAGCUUCUCAAAUUGAACUGCGGGAUCCAUCUGAUUUUCUAACGGGAAGUUCCGGUUUUCCCAUGACGGUAAAUGGAAAAUACCCCUUGUCUCCGUUCCCUCGAUUUUGUAGACGAAUUGGGGAGGGUCGACAGGCUUUAGCGGAGGUAACUUUAGAAAACAACCGACAUUUCUCGACGCAAAAUGACGUCUUAAGAAACGAGCUCAGAAAUUCCAUACUGAUGACGCGUCACUACCCAGAUCUGGGUAGUGCUUUUGAUUGGUCGUGCCGCUCUUGAAAUUUACUUUAACCAAUCAGAAGCACUACCCAGAUCUGGGUAGUGUCGCGUCAUCAGUAUGGAAUUUCUGCACUCGUUUCUCAGAAGUCAUUUCGCGGGCAAACCAGUGGUGGCGUCGCGAAAUGUCAGCUGUUUUUUCAGGCUACACUAGCCCCUUAAGUGCCAAUAGUGACCAAAAACAAUUUUCUCCGAAUAAUAUCCAUACAUUGUCAAGAGAUAAAGUUAUGAGAAUUAAUAAAAUGAUCACCAAACGGGAAAAAUGCCAUGAUCUUUUAUCAAAUUCUCUCAAGUAAUUCUUAAGAUAGACUGUUCACAGUCCUCUAUUUUUCCGUAAGAUCGUCGAGAUCGAGCGCUUUGCGUUACGGGCUGCCAUCUUAGAUGAGUGUCAAAACUACUUAGAAGCUAUAAUCCCCGACACCACGCCCCCCCCUCGGUACAUUUGAAAAUCAAGAUGUAGCCGUGACGGUAAGACGCGGUAUAUCUAAACGAUCUCACGAAAAAAUAGGGGACUGUGGACAGUGUAUUCUUAAGAAAAUCUAUGGAGAUCAGUUUGGAGAAUUUGCAUGUGGAUAUUGGGGCUUAAAGGGCUAGAAGAGAUUUCGGUUUUGUGAAGGUUCCAGAACGUUGGUUCCGAAUUCCAUUUCUCUGACAAAUGCGGUUUAUUGCAGGAGGACCAAGUCAGCGUACCAGUGCCCAUCGAUCCGCGCGUGCACCGUCGCUUGAUUGGAAUGAAGGGACGCGCAAUCCGCAAAUUCAUGGACACCUACAAAGUAGACAUCCGGUUCCCGUCACUGAACACUUCAGAUCCUGUCGUCAUUUCCGGUCAAGCUGAUAAUGUGGAAGAAGCAAGAGAUCAGCUUCUGUUAUUGGAAGAAGAAUAUGUAAGAAUUAAAUUAUUCAAUAUAAUAAUUACUUGUUUAACCCUUUCUUUCGUUGUUGUGGCCAAUUUAAACGUUUUUAUUAAAAUCAUAACAAAUAUAUAGAAUCGUGUAAAAGGUCUGCCGAAGAGAUUUCAUUUGAAUAGUUACAUCGUAGGAUUUCGUCUACAGACUCGAAUUUCAGAGCUGCGUACUAUAUAAAUAGUACCACGGGGAAGUACUGCUGAAGAGGUUUCAUUUGAAUGGAAACACCAUAGGAUUUCAUCCACAGACUCAAAAGAUAGAACUACAUGCUAAAUAGAUAGUAAGUACCAUGGGAAAGUACCGCUGAAGAGGUUUCAUUCGACUGGUAACAGUAGGAUUUCAUCCACAGACUUAAACGUCAGAACAGCGUACUAAAUAAAUAGUACCAUGUGGAUGUGCUAAAGAGGUUUCACUUUAAUGAUCACACCAUGCGAAUUCGUCCGCAAAUUUUAAAGAUAGAGUGAAAAAUAAUCUGGCCAUAAACUGGUCUCGAAAUGUAAGGGUAAAAAUCAAUACAACAGACUGUUUUCAAAUCAACCUCUAGAGGGGAGUGAAAGAGAAGGGGGGAAGGGGGAGGCAUGUGGUCAGGGAACGUUCUUUUGCUUCCUUUCACCCCUCCCUUCGGACCGAUAGCUUGCCCGCAGGCAAGAGCGGUAGAUUAAGUUUCAGUUACGAGAGUAAUAAAAGGAAAGAAACAAAACCUCUAAAGUUUGGAGCAACAGGUUAUCCGUGCUUUCUGAUAAAGUUACUCUUAUCAUACCGAAGUAGUGUAGUCACGUAACCCUUGAACUCCCUAGAAAGACCAACAUCAUUGUUCUCCGGACAAUUUUGAUGUAAAAUGCUUUGAUCUUUUAUCAAAUUCUCUUCACUUAUUCUUUAAGCAAGUGUAUGAAGAUCAGUGUGGAGAAUUUGUUUGUUGAUAUUGGGUCAUAGGGUUGACGACCUUUCAACACUCGACAACCUUCUUCGCUGUUUCUUGUAAUGUGUAAAUCACACUUUGUCCUUUUCUUUUGUCUUUCAGAUGCAAGAUGUUCGUGACGAGAUCGAAGAGCACGAUCUAGUGAGUCACUACAUGAAUCCGCCUAGCCGGCAGAGUAACCAGGUCGGCUUCGUUGUCCGGGACGCGCCUUGGGACAACGUCCAAAAGUCAGACGGGUUCAAGAAACAGCAACAGCAGCAGCAGGCACCUCCAAGUAAAGAGCAGCCGCUCCCCCCUGACACCAGCAACAUCGGAGAGUUCCCUUGCAUCGGCUCCGCUUCUGCAGCGCCACGCCCCACCGCUUGGGGACCUGCGCGGCGCUAG